GAGCCAGAGGGUGGGCGCCGCCUGGUGUACCCGGUGCCCAAGACGGUGUUCUCCGCAGACAGGCGGCUGCUGGUGGUGCUGGGGCUAGAGGGCACCGGGCACCACUUCUUCGUGGCGCUGCUCUCCAGGAAGAAGCCAGGGAGCAGCUGGGCCUCGAGGCUCGGCAGCGCCUGGUUGAAGGCCAACAGGGCCAACGGGUGCAGUUUCGGCAUGGGCCUGGCCUGCAUGCUGGACCUAACCGGGAACUGGAACCAGUGGAACCUGGAGCGGCAGGUGCGCGAUGCCAGCAAGCACAAGGCCUCCCCCUUCGGCCCCGUGGGCGCUGGUUGGUCCCCGCAGUUCGUGACCAACGUGUCGAACCAGCUGAAGUUCGCGUUCGACCACAAUCCGGGAUGGAUCGUGGCCCCCAACCCGUACACCACCUCGUGGCCGAACGGCCACGGCACCCACGAGAUGCGAAAGCUGCACAUGGGGCCGAACGUCCUGCUCCUGGCCCAGGCGGCCGAGAUGGCGGGCGCGGACAUGAGGGUGAUCCCCAUGCACCGCGACCCCGCGGAGCUGCUUCUGGCGGACUGCAGGCACAGGCACGACCUGGAGGGCUGCCCGGGCCAAGCGGACACCCUCGCCACCAACGCUCGCGCAUACGCCGACCAGAUGCGGCAGCUCGACCCCGCCUUCUACGCCGGCAACUGCAUCCAGUACCACGAGCUCGACAACAUCACCAGGGGCAUCCAGCACGCCCUGGCGGGCAGCCGCGCCACGCUCGGCGAGGACGUAGCGACGGCCGUGCGAGGCGCGUGGCUCGACAAGCACAGGGAUCCGAAGGAGGCGCUGCAGCCGGACGUCCAGAAGAUGGCCGAGCCCAUCCGGCCCCCGCUGGAGGAGGUGCUCCAGAUGUGCCGCGACGCGCAGGCGCUGGCGAACGCCCCCCAGCUGCUGAAUCCCCCCGACUCGCCUCCGCCAGCGGCGGCGCCCGAGGCCGCCCCGGGCGCGGCCGCGGCGCCUGCCGCGGUCCACGGCGGCGCGGGGGGCGGCCCGUCGGACGCGCUCUCGCCUCCGCGGGUGCCGGGGCGGCCGCUGCCGGGGAUGCCUCGCGAUGGCCCCGACGCGGCCCUCGGCGAAGUGGAGGGAGGCCCGUCGGAUGCGCUCUACCCUCCGCCGAUGCCAGGGCGGCCGCUGCCGGGGCUGCCCCGCGGUGGCCCGGACGCGGCCCUCGGCGAGGUGGCGGGUGGCCCGUCGGACGCGCUCUAUCCUCCGCCGGUCCCCGGGCGGCCGCUGCCAGGGCGGCCGCCGGUGCCAGGGCGCCCGCGCGGCGGCCCGGGCGCGGCGGCAGGCGGUGCGCCGGGCGCGGCGGCAGGCAGUGCGCCGGGCGCCGCCGCCGGCGGUGCGCCGGGCGCGGUCGCCAGAAGUGCGCCGGGCGCCGCCGCCGGCGGUGCGCCGCCGAAGGCCGCCGGCCCAAAGUCGCAGGCGAUGUCUCGCCUCGGGUUCAAGCAGUGGCGAAGAGUCCUGGUCUGCCUCUG